AUGGCUGUACCGUUCAAAGUCAUCAUCGCUGGUGGAGGACUUGCCGGCUGUCUCCUCGCCAAUGGACUGGUCAACAAUGGUGUCGAUGUGUCGGUCUACGAGCGGGACGCGGAAGACACAAAACGAGAAGGAUUCCAAAUUCGGCUCGGCGAGAGUGCGCUGGCAGGGUUCCGGGCGUGUCUGAAGGCAUCCGAAAUUGCAACAAUUCAGUCGAAGUUCAGCCAAAUGUCAUCGACAGGACUCACCGCACCAGCGAUAUGUAACACGAAAUUCCAGACCGUGCUUGAUCUCGGGCAGCUACCUUCGUACGCGGCGUCAUGGGGCAUUAAUCGUGUGGUCCUCCGCGAUAUUCUGGUCAACCCACUGAAAGCUAAGGGGUGCGUUCACUUCGGGAAAGCCUUUGAGGGAUACGAAAUUGUUCAAGAUGGAACCGGACAAGAAACCGUCCGAGUUCACUUCGCGGAUGGAUCCACGGAUACGUGUGAUUUGUUGAUCGGGGCAGACGGCAGCAACUCGAGAAUUAACAAGCAGGUCGGAGCUCGCAAUCUGGUCCCGGUCGACAGUCAUGUGAUGAUUCUCAGCAAAGGACCGUUACCACAGGAUUGGACUGAGAAGCUGCCACCACGGUUGCUAAAAAGUCCAGUCAUGGUAUGGGCAGGCGGCAUUUCUAUGUACUACGCACUGUUCUUGCCAAAGGCUGAACAGCCAGAAGAUGAUUCAGAGAGCGGGCCAAAAUACAACGUGAAAGAAGCUUCCUUUUACUGGGGGCUUCUGAUUCCGAAAGAUCGAGUGCCGAAGCAACAGGAGCUAUCGGAGGUACAGGACCCACUCCAGAUUUGUCUUGAGGCUACUAAAGACUGGGCACCCGAGUACCGCACAAUGUUGACGACUGGGUCGGAAGACAAGAACAAGGACUUAGUUACGGCUACAAGAUUACGCGCAAGCAACAAACUACCAAAAUUCUGGCGCAAGAAUGUGAAGAAAACAACGGGAAACGAGGGUCAUCCUCGUAUAUGGCUCAUCGGAGACGCAGUUCAUGCGAUGCAGCCAAACCGGGGCAUGGGAGGCAAUCAGGCAUUCCAUGACUGCGCUGAUGCACUUCCUCAAAUUCUCCAGCUGAAGGUGAAAGCUGAUUCUGGAGAGAGGCCAUCCUCGGAAGAUGUCAGCACGGCAUGUAAUCGAUAUGAAAGUGCAAUGAUCGACAGAGCCUUCCCUUGGGUCAGCAAGAGUGGAGGCACGAGCGUUCCCACUAUCAACCUGGACGGCAUCCUCGGUACAAUUCUGUGGAUCGUUGGCACUUUCUUGGUGUCUGGAUACAUCUUCAUGGCUCGAGUAAUGAAGCUUGGCGUCAGGAGUGGAUGA